CGGACCUAAAUAGACAAUAUGACACCUGGAUUAAUUUCUAUAGCCAGUGAUUUUUAAUAACACUCGGUAUGCUAAUUGAAUGUAAACAAGCUUUAAGGACCCUGGAGAUCACUUCUAUUUAAAUAAUUAUAGUUUUAAUUACAUGAAUUUACCACUAAUUGUAAUCGAAAACUCUUUGGAACUUGCGGCAUUGACCCGUCAAAAUAUGGAAAGCAGUUUCUUACAAGAUUCGAGUAUUCAAGAUCAUGAUUAUUCGAAAGACCAAGAACUUUUUACUAGAGAUGCACUUGGUACAAUUGUCAGUGAGUUGUUUGUGGAUUUUGCAAGUUUAUUCGGCAUUCCAAAGCACUGCUCAGCUGAAAAGUUUAAUUUGUUUUCUGUGUUUGUGAAAGACAAAAACCGUUUCAAAUAUGUUGGCAAUCUUGGAAAAAACGGUGGAAUACUACGUGGCGGUGACUUAGCAACCAGUUUACGGCCACAUUUGCAUCGAAGCAUCAAGCAGUGCGUUGAUCAGUACUUGACAGCAAACAAACAUCCCUUCACAAGAAACAUUACAGAGUUUACGACCAAAAAACUUGCUCAAAUGGAAAGGCCUGAGGGAAAGCUUUUUAGCUGGCUUGACAUGGGAAUGUCUCAAAUUCACUACGUUGAUACUGACAAACUGUCAGCAAAACUUGGAGAAUGUGUUGUUGACAUGAGCCGACCUUACUUAAAGAACGUUGAAUACCUCUACAUCAUUCAUAAGAAUUGUAUGUCAGAAAAGCUACAUUAUUAUGGCUCAACGCUGUACCAAUGCUCAUCGUGGAUGGGCAAGGACAUGGAGGCUAUCGAGGCUCACAUCAAAAAUCUAACAAAACUUAUACCUUGCAUUGGCUAUGAUAAUAAUGAACCUCGAGCAUUUGGUCUGUGUAAGGUAGCAAUAUCAAAUGAUGGAUGCUUGAGUAUUCCUGAAUAUGAUGCACUUCUUAUACCACCAAACCCAUACGAGCAAUUCAAUGAUGAAUCGGUUUUUAUUGCUGAAGAGCUCGAUUUUGACUUUGUCUGUGCGACUGUUCUCAAUUUAAAGUCGAUGAAAACAAAGCAAAUCCUGCAAUCAGCCUUGAAGGAUAUUUACGUUAACUUGGCUGUGUACGAGGAGCGCUGUGAAGUCCUGUCAUUUCUACAGAAAGUCAUUCGAAAGUUCCAGACGGAAGAGACUCAAGUUAUCCAAAUGGUCGACCGUUCGUUUGCUGUUCCUUGCAUUCCAUCAUGUUUAAGUUCGCAUCCUACAAUCUUAUCCCGUGUUUUGAGAGCUGCAGGAAUCGUGAUGACCGAAACGUCUUCACAGGAUUCAGACGACGAGGAAAAAGAUGAGCCACAGAUCGUAUUCCAGCCGUCUAAUUGCCAAGACUAUCUUAGGCUUAUCGAGUAUCUUCUGACAAUACUAGUAGAAGGAGUAAUCACAGAUGCACAGUGUGAAAGUGCUACGCAGCUGUUGGAACACGAAGUGUCAUCGUUACAAGAACUGUUUCAUACCCAGAUGUGCUGCAUUUGCUCUCCGUGGAAGUCCAUGAAUCCGAAARAGGAACCAGUCGCCUCGCUAUGGAAGAAGGGGUCGCGAACCAAGAAAUUUCUCGAGAGCCUCGGCCUUAAAGAAGAAAUCAUAGACGAUCAGAAGGUCGUGCGUUGUCCCGAGCACUCUCAACUUUUGAACGUUCUUUCGAUAUUUCAUAAUGAUGUGGAAUAAGUGGACAAUCCUGCUUUUAAAGUAAGAAUGAAAUUGAAAGAAAGUAACGCGAACUAAGAAAUUUCUCGAGAGCCUUCGCACAUAAAAAGAAGUCCUUAGACGAUCAAAAAGAAGUAAUCUUGUCCACAACACUCUCAACUCAUUGUUGUUCUUUUGAUAUUUUAUAAUUAUAUGAAGGAAACAGAAAGAGAAGAGUAAAAAAGAGAAAACAAGAAAUGAAAGAAAAGAUGAAAACGCAGAAUGGAAGGGAAAUCUUGAUGCGGAAGAAAGAACGAUGGGGAAAAUGUGGGAAAAAAUACAGAACUAAUGAAGACAAAGAAAAGAUGAAAGAAAGAAUAAAAAAUAAGCAUAAGAGAGACAUCAAAAACCAAGAAUAUAGCRGUGAAUGGAAAAAUAUAAGAAACAGAACGAAAAGAAAGGUAAAACAAGCCAUCAUAAUUAGAAACGCAGGGAAAUAUCACCUUAUCGUAUAUAUAUUUUCCACAAACUCGUGUGAUGCAGAAUUGAAUUUUAGUCUACAAAAAGACUUGUUCGAUUAAUAUUUAAACAUCCCGGCUUUGUAAGUAUUUUUGCACAUUUUUAAAUACAUAAAUUUUAAU